GUACAGUUACGUUUACGAGCAGUUCUCACAGUAGCACUAGGCAACUGGUGAUGCAAGACCUGUUUCCUGAAGAGGAGACGGAGAGCUCGGACUCGGCAAAUCCUGUGGAGGUUGUGCAAUCCUCUAUGUCACCAGUGUCCUCAGAUGCAGCAGGCACAGCACAAGAAGAUCGAGAAUCCCAAGACGUCACGUGGGAAUUUAUAGGCUGUUUUGUUGACGACCAGGAUCGGGGGUUUGAGAUCUCCCUCGGGCGUGUCGCAGAUAUUGCUUUGUGUGCUAGUCAUUGCCGCUACGAACAUCUUUCAGCCUAUUUUUCUCUGCAAGAUGGAAACUUCUGUUUCUGCACACGACGCGCUAUUUCAGUCAGCAUUGGCGUUGGGUACAGAUCCACACCUGCCGAAACCGAGUUCGAAGAAGAAGUAGCGAUUGGACAUUACGACAUAGAAAAGUUCUACAAAGUGCCGGAUAGUGAGUGCACAGUUAUGGUCAACAUCUAAUAGUGUCCAUCUUUCUCAGCAUCUCUUCGCUACCCUUUUGUUCCCGUUGAAGAACACAAAGGAAAAGGGACCGAGAGGAAUAAAAGCCCACUCUAACGCAGCGGGUUAUUCUGGGGUCCGACCCGGGCCGCGGGGGGCAGGCGAGUGCGACCCUGACAUAUUCGGUGGAUACUGUGGUGCCCCAUGGCGCAACGCCAUCUUUCGCUUCGUACAAAG